CGGCGCAUCUCAGUGUGUGACCGUCCGGGCGCGCGAAAGUUCAAGACCGCCAUGCGCCAGAAGUCCGCGCAGGUCUAAAUUCAAAUUUUUGAAUUUCGAAUUUUCAUCUCGAUUUUAUUCAUAAACAUAGACAAAAUGUGGAAGUGCAUUGUAUUAGUGCUGGCCGUUACAACUUUCACGUUCUCAGAGGGUGAUAUAGUUCGAGAUACCCGUGGGGUUUUCACGAAAAACAUCUUCGGCGGAGUAUGGGGCAACCGGCCCCCGUUGAUGGAAGCUAAUCUAGCCAAGACCACGUGCACAUGCAAAUGCGGUGAGAGAAACGACGCGCCCCGCAUCGUGGGAGGGCAGGACGCGGGCCCUCACGAGUUCCCGUGGAUGGCUCGCCUCACCUACUUCAAGAGGUUCUACUGUGGAGGCAUGCUCAUCAAUGACAGAUACGUACUCACUGCUGCACAUUGUGUGAAAGGCUUUAUGUGGUUCAUGAUAAAGGUGACAUUCGGCGAGCACGACCGCUGCAACUCGACCACCCGGCCCGAGACUCGCUUCGUGCUUCGGGCCAUUUCCAACAAGUUCAGCUUGUCAAACUUUGACAAUGACAUUGCGCUGCUGAGGCUCAACGAGAAGGUCCAGAUGUCUGGUGCUAUCAAGCCGAUCUGCCUGCCGAGUAACGAUCGCAGCCUGUACGUCGGAGUAAAGGCGAUCGCAUCUGGCUGGGGCACUCUCACUGAGGAGGGCAAGGUGUCGUGCACACUCCAGGAGGUCGAGGUGCCAGUCAUCAGCAACCAGGAGUGCCGCAGCACUAAAUACACGGCUUCGAUGAUCACCGACCACAUGAUGUGCGCUGGGUAUCCGGGCACCGGGCUGAAGGACUCUUGCCAGGGAGACAGCGGCGGCCCGCUCAUAACGGAGAGAAAGUCCGACAAGCGCUACGAACUAAUAGGUGUGGUGUCAUGGGGCAACGGCUGCGCUCGGCCGGGAUACCCGGGCGUCUACACGCGAGUCACGCACUACCUCGACUGGAUCCGGGACAACACGCGGGAUGCUUGCUACUGUGGUCCGAAGGCACUGCAUCCAAAAUUUAUUAGCCAUAAUAUCAUUGGCCAAGAUGCAUUCGCGAAUUUUAACCAAUAUCGAUUAAAUAUAAACAAGGAUGGGUUACAAUUUACCGAAGACUCAUACACAUCGCCUUCGUCAGUCCCAGUUCAGAGGAGUUUGCCCCUUUGCCGAGAUUGCAGUUGUGGCGAACGCAACGAAGAACCGAGGGUAGUCGGAGGUCUGGGGUCCAGUGUGAACGCGUUCCCCUGGCUGGCCAGGCUUAUCUACCACAAGUCCUUCGGCUGCGGCGCGUCUCUCAUCAAUGACAAGUAUGUCAUCUCGGCUGCACAUUGCAUUAAAGGAUUCAUGUGGUUCAUGUUCCGAGUGACCUUCGGGGAGCACGACCGCUGCGACACGAGCGUGCGGCCUGAAACGCGGUACGUGGUGAAGAUGUACGCCCACAACUUCUCGCUGACGGACCUUCAGAAUGACGUGGCUUUGCUGAAGCUGAAUCAGCCCGUGACGUACUCGCACGCGGUUAGGCCGGUGUGUCUGCCGACGAAUGAAGCAAAAACAUACGUAGGCGCUACAGCCAUUGUAGCCGGGUGGGGUGCCACAGGGGAGAGCAAGAACUGGUCGUGUUCCUUACUCCAAGCCGACCUGCCUGUGCUGAGCAACCAGGACUGCCAGGCGACCAGCUACAACGCCUCCAAGAUCAAGGACGCCAUGAUGUGCGCGGGUUACCCUGCUACUGCGCAUAAGGACGCGUGCACUGGUGACAGCGGAGGGCCAUUGAUAACAGAGAACGAGGACCACGCAUACGAGCUGAUAGGGGUAGUGUCAUGGGGAUACGGAUGUGCAAGGAAGGGCUACCCUGGCGUGUAUACCAGAGUGACGAAAUACCUGGACUGGAUCCGGGACAACACGCAGGAUGCGUGCUACUGCAAAUAUUGAAUAUUAAUUUAAGAGCUUAGGUGCUUACUGUAACCUCGCUAAAAUCAAUUUAUAAUGCCAUAUUAAAUGUAAUGUAAGGCAAUAA